AUGGUUCUAGCUAAAAUGACACAAAAUAUCACAAUCUUGAUUCGACUUUUAAUGUCCGUUGCGGAGGCGCCGCAGGUAGCUAUCACUAUAGAAGUACCGACAACUCCAUCAAUGAAUUCGACAAAACAGGUUUUUGAUAAGACUUUUAGAAUAUCAGAAAAGAAUAAAGAAUUCUAUGAAUACCCAACGAAUGUGUUCAUUAUUCUCAACCAGGAAAAAUGUUACUUGCAUGAGGAAAAGAGGAACGAAUGGAACGACAUUGGAUGCAACUUCCUGGUGGGGGGCGACGGCAACGUCUACGUGGGCCGUGGGUAGAACAGCAUCGGAGUUGGUUUCAUUGGGGAUUUCGAUAAGGUUUCGCCGAAUGAGAGACAACUCAGGGCUGCGGAACACCCGAGUCGAGGAUUUGGUUCGGAUUGGACGUACACAGGUCUUUCAAGAUCUCUCCAGACCUGUUGUCCAAUUAUUCGACUCGGGCAGCUGCUUGAGCUCGGAGUCAAGUUCAGGGAAUUGACGGAAGAUUAUAAGCUACUCGGACAGAAGCAAUUGAUCAGGGCGAUCAGUCCUGGGGAACAACUAUACACAAUCAUUCAGACGUGGCCGCAUUGGAGUGCGAGGCCUUGAGUUGUUUUUAGGGGAAUUGAUCGAAGUG